UUCUACGCUCUCUUUCUUCGAAAACCGAUCGUGUUAAUUUACCUACUUUUUAAUAUUUCUUCUCAGUUCUGUAUAGAAAUGGCGGAGCGGCAAGCGCUGGAUCAGCAGCACCAGAUAGAUCCACAGCUGCAAUCCUCGCCGCCUCCAAGGGACGACAUGAAUGCUUGCGUCUCAGCACUAGAAACUGCUUUGCUUCCAUGCUUGCCUGCGCGAGAGCUUCAAGCUAUUGACCGUUCUCCCCACCCUUCUCAUCAGAUUGAUGUGGAAAGGCAUGCCAGAGAUUUUAUGGAGGCUGCCAAGAAGCUUCAGCUAUAUUUUAUUGGCCUCCAACGUGAAGAUAAACCAACAAAGGCUGAAACACUAGGAAAGGAGAUUGCUGUGAUGGAGGAAGAAUUAAAGAUAAAGAGUGAGCUUAUCAAGAAGCAGGAGAGGCUGAUCCAAGGGUGGAGAAAAGAGUUGAGAGACCAGUUGCACAAACACAACACUGAGUUGGAGAGAGUCUAGUGUAUGUCUCGGAAGCAAUAAGCUUGUUAUUUUCCACAAUUGGGGGCAUGCUCUCUUAUUGUAACUUUAAGCUAAUGGCAUUUUUUUUUAACCAUGCAAUGCUUUUGUAGCUUGUAAGAUGUGUACCAAAAAUAUUUAUUGAAUCCAUAGCUACAAAUUCCAAGUUU